AUGCUGUGGAAUGCUGUGUUCGUGAGGAGAAUGAAUGACUUUUCUCAACCUCAUUUUUCUGUGCGUUUAUUUGAGCUUUUGCCUCUAAUCGGCGAAAUUCGCGGCGAUCUACGACUUUUUCUUCUCGCUUCACCUCUUCUUGACAAUCUUUACCCCCAACGUAUCCCUACCAGCAUGGCAGCUGCCACGUCUCUAUACACAGCCUCGACUGGGCUAUGUGCCGAUUCGGUGGAAUCAGCGCCAGGUUGCCGCGGCUUCUUCGCUCUCGCGACUUACCAAGUGGACAAGCUAGAGCAGCAACAAGCCCAGGCUGAGACAUCGUCUGCCACGGUCGCGCACGGUGAAGAUGAUGACGACGACGAUGAUUCAGACAGGGUCGCGAGCACAUCGACAAGUCCGGCAUACACGAGACGCGGGACGUGUAGUCUGUACUACGCUCACAAACCUUCGGAAGAGAGUACGGGAGGGGUCGAGUGCGCGAAAGUUGACACAAUCGAGACGCCGGCUAUCCUGGACAUGAAGUGGUCGCUAUCGAAACCAGACGACGGAAUAAGACGGAUACUGGGUGUGGCGAAUGCCAAAGGUCAGGUCACAGUGCAUCGCUUGCGAAGCGACUCAUACAAGACAAGCUCAAAGGCAACCUUAUCACCGCUGGGCGAGCUACACUUCAACGACAGGAACGUCCUUUGUCUCAGUCUCGACUUUUCCGAUCGCAAAGGAGGGCAUGCAGGAGGAUACGACAUGAGCAACUUGACUGCAGACACUGCCAUGAUCGUAUCACAGAGCGACGGGUCACUAGCCUAUUUGCCGAGUCUCGAAGCCGCUCUUUCUAGCACAAUCACCAUGGUCGACGACAUCGCUACGGAGAUCGCACAGACCUCAAUACACAACCGCACAGACGAAGGCAAUGAAGAUGACGACGACGAAUGGGACCGAACAAGCGAAGACGAACGACUUGCAUCCCUCCAAACCGCCCAUUCCACCCUCAACUCUUCUUACCCCAGCAAACCCCGCGGACUCGUCACUUGGGCAGCGCACGACUUUGAAGCCUGGAUCGCCGCCUUCGACUGCUUCAACCCAACCACCGUCUGGUCCGGCGGGGACGACCUCACGCUCAAAGGCUGGGACCUUCGCUCCGUCUCCUCCACAACUCCCACAACCCCCACUUUUGCCUGCACAAAGCCAUUCAACGGUGGCGUGACAUCACUCCAAUCACAUCACCUGCGUCAACAUCUCUGGGCUGUCGGGAGCUACGAUUCGUACCUACGUUUGUUCGACGCACGCAUGCCCGCGAGACCGUUGAGCGAAACCAACGUUGGCGGCGGCGUGUGGCGGGUCAAGUGGCAUCCGGACGAUCCGAGGACGCUUUUGGUGGGCUGCAUGCACGACGGUUUCAAGGUGUUGAGGUUGGACGAUUUGGCAGAGGAAGGUGCUGGUGGAGCAGAACUGAGAGGAAAAGAGUUCGAUGUGGUGACACGCUUCGAUGCGCAUGAGAGCUUGGCGUAUGGUUGCGAUUGGGACCGUGGUGAGGUCGAUGCGGAGGGAGCAGCGAGGAGGGUGUACAGCUGCUCUUUCUACGAUGCGACGCUGCACAUUUGGGAUUCGCAAGGAGCGUGA